AUGAUCGUCCUUUGGUUCCUCGUGCUUCUAUCGUUGUGUACGUCGAUCGCGUGCGAAGAUGAUCCUUGCGUCGUUCGAACGAGCUUCGGUAGGAUAAAAGGAUCGUACAAAGAGUCGUACGAGGGCAAAAAAUACCUGGCCUUCGAGGGCGUACCUUACGCGUUGCCUCCGGUUGGACACAGACGUUUUCGACCUCCCGAGCCAGUUUCGAGAUGGGAAGGUACUCUGACGGCGACCAAGAUCGCCAACGCCUGCAUCCAAUUGCAGCACAACGACAAGUAUCCCGAUUACGAAGUCGUGGGCGACGAGGACUGCCUCUACCUUAACAUUUACGUUCCUCAGCGAGACACUCGGCAGCAGGAACCGCUGGCGGUUCUGUUCGGCAUCCACGGCGGAGCCUAUCAGUUCGGCGAGGCGUUCACCGGCGUCCAGUUCCUCAUGGACGAGGACGCGAUCGUCGUCACGGUGGCCUAUCGUCUGGGCUCCUUCGGCUUUCUCAGCACCGAAGACGAGCACGCGCUCGGCAACAUGGGCCUCAAGGAUCAGAGCACGGCCCUGCGCUGGGUCUCCGAGAACAUCGCCGACUUCGGCGGCGACCCCGACAAGAUCACGCUGUUCGGCAACAGCGCCGGCUCGGCGAGCGUCCACUAUCACUACCUGUCGCCCUGGAGCCGGGGUCUGUUUCAGAACGGCGUCUCGUUCAGCGGCAGCAGCUACGGGCCCGGCAAGCAGACGGAGCACGCGCGCGAGAAGGCCAGGCGGCUGGCUGAUCUGCUGGGCUGCCCGAGCGAGGAGCUCGCCGAGAUGGUCGAGUGCUUGAGGUAUCGGCCGGCUCGAUCGAUAGCUCAGGCCACCAAACACUUUAUGCCGUGGAUGUACAAUCCGUUCACGCCUUUCGGCCCGGUCGUCGAGUAUCAAGGAGAUCGGCCGUUCGUAAAUCGCCCGCCGGUCGAGAUCAUCGCGGACGGCGAUGCGUUCGAUGCUCUGUGGAUCGCGGGCAUAGUCAGCGAGGAGGGCCUCUAUCCGGUCGCGGAGUACGUGAACAACGACGCCUAUCUCAGGGAGCUCGACGAGAACUGGGAGACGAUCGCGCCGCAUCUGCUGGACUUCAACUUCACGAUUCCGCUGGAGCAGCACGCGGAGGUGGCGCGUAAAAUCAGGCGGCACUACUUCGGCGACAGACCGAUCGAUCGCCGCAGCGUGGACCGAUUGAUCAAGCUGGUGGGCGAUCGACUGUACGUCGUGGACAUCGAGAAGGCGGCCAGGGAUCAGGCGCAGAAGAACAGGAGCCCGGUGCUGGUCUACUACUAUUCUUACCGAGCUCUGACGAGCCAGAGCGAUUAUUACUCGCACUCGAUGAAGGACUACGGUGUUUCUCACGGGGACGACAUAAGCAUGAUAAUCGACAGAGACAACAUUUAUCCUCCUUUGAAUAGCAGGGAUCGUUUGAUGCAGAAAAAAUUGAUACGUUUUCUCGUCUCCGUCGCGAAAAAAGGCUUUCCCGACAUGGGUAUCGACUUCGAUUGGCAGCCGGUUAAUCCUAAACGCGCCGAGUUGGAUUACUUGCACAUCAGGUCUCCGUGCAACAUUAAAAUGGAGAGCAAUGACAAUUUGGCGGAAAAAAAUUUUUGGUCGAGCAUUCGUUUUAACGAAAACAUAUUGCCCUGA